AUGGCGACAAAAUCCAAGGCAACAUGCGCCAUCGAGUUUUUGCGACUUUGUGGAAGUCUUAAAACGCUCAAGCGCACUGGAUGGGUAAACAACAAAGUGGCAAUGCCAGAGUCUGUGGCUGACCAUAUGUACCGCAUGAGUAUGUGCUGUAUGCUGCUGGAAGAUGCCAAUGAGGCUUUGAAUCGCUCUAAAUGCAUCAAAAUGGCAAUUGUGCACGACCUGGCCGAGUCAUUGAUUGGCGAUAUCACGCCUCAUGAUGGCAUUGCAGAGGAGGUCAAGCAUCGCAUGGAGAAGGAGGCGCUUGAUAAUAUUUGCAGCACGCUGGGUGACACACCAUCUGCUCUGGAGAUUCGUGAGCUAUGGAAUGAGUAUGAAGCUGGUUUGACUGAAGAGGCCAAAAUGGUCAAGGAUUUCGAUAAGUUUGAAAUGAUCCUGCAAGCUGACGAAUAUGAGAAAGCCCAGAACAUUUCACUUGACGAUUUUUUUCAGAGCACAAAGGGAAAGUUUCGUACACCUCUUGUUCAGUCAUGGGUAUCUGAGCUAUCUACUCAACGCAAUGCGCGUUUGGAAAACAAGACGAAAUAA